ACAGGGACGAAAUUGUACAGGCUCUAUCGUUCUCCGGAUUUUUGAACCGCAGGCGGCAUGCUCCUGCGCGUGCGAAGCAAAAUGGGCACAUGGCGUGUGGAAGGCGUGGAGCCAGGUACGACAAUAAAGGCACUCCGCAGCCGCAUUUUAUCGGAGCAUGGCGUCUCUCCACACCCUUCCCAGAUUUUUAGCCUUGAUCCGGCAGGGAAGCGGGUGAUGGACGACGAACAGACGGUGAAAUCGUUCAAUUUGCAGCAUGGCGAUCUGGUGCAUUUGGCCAUCCGAGAGGAGGAUUGUGCGCAUGAGGCUGGGAAGAAAAUUGCAGCCGAUGGAAGUAUUGUGAAUAAGACACAUUUGGAGGCGUCGCGUGUGAAAGGUUUUCGACCGGGGAUGAUGUCCUUGCGUAGCAUGAAAAUGCAUUGGACACUCACUGAUUUUGUGGAGCUUGACGCUCAAUUCGAGUACAAGAUCAAGGCUCAAAAGAACGAGACCCCAUGGUGCACUAAAGCCAUCAUGGAACCAAUCUGCGGCAACGACUUUCAGUCUUACAUGCGCCGCGUGGGGUUCAACCAGUGCCGCAUGGGCUACCUCUAUGGCCAGUUCACCGAAGCGAAGGAGGCGAAGGUGGAAGUGUUGUACGAACCACCUCAAGAAAGCACGCACGAAGGCUUCGAGCUGUUGGAAGACCCUCGGGCCGAGAAAGUGGAGGCCUUGGCCGCCGCCUUGGGCCUGGUCCGAGUCGGAUGGAUCUUUGCGCACCCUCCCCGGGAGGAAGGCUUCGUCUUCUCGGGCUUGGAGGUGAUGCAGGCUGCCAUGGGCCAAUUGGAGGCGGCAGACGGGGUGAAGGAGACGCCGUUCGUGACGGUGCGGGUCUCCCUGGCCCCGGUGGAGAAGGCAGGGGGCGAGGACGGGAAGGAGGGCGGGAAGGAGGAAGUAGCGACGGUGGCGCAUUUCGACGCCUUCCAGGUAAGCCUCCAGUGCAUGGAGAUGGUGGCCGAAGGCGCGAUCGAGCCGGGGCCGGAGCCCGGGGCCAUGCUCGUCAACGAAUCCUUCACCGCCAUUGUGGAGGGAAAACCCGCGCCCACGGUGGAUGUGAAUUUUUUCCUGGUCAACGUGCCCGUGGGGAGCGCGGAGAGCAGCCUUCUCACCCACCGCUUCCCCAAGGCCAACCGCUUGGACGAGCUUCCGAGUGCCGCCGCCAUGGCGGCCCAGCUGGGGGAGGCCGGGAAGGCGGGGUGGCGUUUCAUCGACUUGAUGAGCGACUUCCACCUGCUCUUGUUCCUGACCGACUUUUUGGGCAUGGAGGAGGUCGCGGUCCUGUGUCGGAGCGUGCGGGAGAAGGAGACGGUGCCCUUGGGGGCGGGGCACGUGGACUUGCUCCGGGCGAUCGCGGGGAUGGAGUAG